AUGUUUUGCCCAAAUUACGCAAAUAGGAGAACAACGUUUGAAAAGGGAACCCAGAGUAUUAAGAGAACCCAGAGUAUUAAGAGAACCAAGAGUAUUAAGAGAACCAAGAGAACCCAGAGUAUUAAGAGAACCAAGAGAACCCAGAGUAUUAAGAGAACCAAGAGAACCCAGAGUAUUAAGAAAACCAAGAGAACCCAGAUUAUUAAGAGAACCCAGAGUAUUAAGAGAACCCAGAGUAUUAAGAGAACCAAGAGAACCCAGAGUAUUAAGAGAACCAAGAGAACCCAGAGUAUUAAGAGAACCCAGAGUAUUAAGAGAACCAAGAGAACCCAGAGUAUUAAGAGAACCAAGAGAACCCAGAGUAUUAAGAGAACCAAGAGAACCCAGAGUAUUAAGAGAACCCAGAGUAUUAAGAGAACCAAGAGAACCCAGAGUAUUAAGAGAACCAAGAGAACCCAGAGUAUUAAGAGAACCAAGAGAACCCAGAGUAUUAAGAGAACCAAGAGAACCCAGAGUAUUAAGAGAGCCCAGAGUAUUAAGAGAACCCAGAGUAUUAAGAGAACCAAGAGAACCCAGAGUAUUAAGAGAAGCAAGAGAACCCAGAGUAGUAAGAGAACCAAGAGAACCCAGAGUAUUAAGAGAACCAAGAGAACCCAGAGUAUUAAGAGAACCCAGAGUAUUAAGAGAACCCAGAGUAUUAAGAGAACCAAGAGAACCCAGAGUAUUAAGAGAACCCAGAGUAUUAAGAGAACCCAGAGUAUUAAGAGAACCAAGAGAACCCAGAGUAUUAAGAGAAGCAAGAGAACCCAGAGUAUUAAGAGUAUUAAGAGAACCAAGAGAACCCAGAGUAUUAAGAGAACCAAGAGAACCCAGAGUAUUAAGAGAACCCAGAACCCAGAUAUUAAGAGAACCAAGAGAACCCAGAGUAUUAAGAGAAGCAAGAGAACCCAGAGUAUUAAGAGAACCAAGAGAACCCAGAGUAUUAAGAGAACCAAGAGAACCCAGAGUAUUAAGAGAACCCAGAGUAUUAAGAGAACCAAGAGAACCCAGAGUAUUAAGAGAACCCAGGGUAUUAAGAGAACCCAGAGUAUUAAGAGAACCCAGAGUAUUAAGAGAACCAAGAGAACCCAGAGUAUUAAGAGAACCCAGAGUAUUAAGAGAACCAAGAGAACCCAGAGUAUUAAGAGAACCAAGAGAACCCAGAGUAUUAACAGAACCCAGAGUAUUAAGAGAACCAAGAGAACCCAGAGUAUUAAGAGAACCCAGAGUAUUAAGAGAACCAAGAGAACCCAGAGUAUUAAGAGAACCCAGAGUAUUAAGAGAAGCAAGAGAACCCAGAGUAGUAAGAGAACCAAGAGAACCCAGAGUAUUAAGAGAACCAAGAGAACCCAGAGUAUUAAGAGAACCCAGAGUAUUAAGAGAACCCAGAGUAUUAAGAGAACCAAGAGAACCCAGAGUAUUAAGAGAACCCAGAGUAUUAAGAGAACCCAGAUUAUUAAGAGAACCAAGAGAACCCAGAGUAUUAAGAGAAGCAAGAGAACCCAGAGUAUUAAGAGAACCAAGAGAACCCAGAGUAUUAAGAGAACCCAGAGUAUUAAGAGAAGCAAGAGAACCCAGAGUAGUAAGAGAACCAAGAGAACCCAGAGUAUUAAGAGAACCAAGAGAACCCAGAGUAUUAAGAGAACCCAGAGUAUUAAGAGAACCCAGAGUAUUAAUAUUAAGAGAACCCAGAGUAUUAAGAGAACCCAGAGUAUUAAGAGAACCAAGAGAACCCAGAGUAUUAAGAGAACCCAGAGUAUUAAGAGAACCCAGAGUAUUAAGAAAACCAAGAGAACCCAGAGUAUUAAGAGAACCAAGAGAACCCAGAGUAUUAAGAGAACCCAGAGUAUUAAGAGAACCAAGAGAACCCAGAGUAUUAAGAGAACCAAGAGAACCCAGAGUAUUAAGAGAACCCAGAGUAUUAAGAGAACCAAGAGAACCCAGAGUAUUAAGAGAACCCAGAGUAUUAAGAGAACCAAGAGAACCCAGAGUAUUAAGAGAACCAAGAGAACCCAGAGUAUUAAGAGAACCCAGAGUAUUAAGAGAAGCAAGAGAACCCAGAGUAGUAAGAGAACCAAGAGAACCCAGAGUAUUAAGAGAACCAAGAGAACCCAGAGUAUUAAGAGAACCCAGAGUAUUAAGAGAACCAAAAGAACCCAGAGUAUUAAGAGAACCCAGAGUAUUAAGAGAACCCAGAGUAUUAAGAGAAGCAAGAGAACCCAGAGUAUUAAGAGAACCAAGAGAACCAAGAGAACCCAGAGUAUUAAGAGAACCAAGAGAACCCAGAGUAUUAAGAGAACCCAGAGUAUUAAGAGAACCCAGAGAACCCAGAGUAUUAAGAGAACCCAGAGUAUUAAGAGAACCCAGAGUAUUAAGAGAACCAAGAGAACCCAGCGUAUUAAGAGAACCCAGAGUAUUAAGAGAACCAAGAGAACCCAGAGUAUUAAGAGAACCAAGAGAACCCAGAGUAUUAAGAGAACCCAGAGUAUUAAGAGAACCAAGAGAACCCAGAGUAUUAAGAGAACCAAGAGAACCCAGAGUAUUAAGAGAACCCAGAGUAUUAAGAGAACCAAGAGAACCCAGAGUAUUAAGAGAACCAAGAGAACCCAGAGUAUUAAGAGAACCAAGAGAACCCAGAGUAUUAAGAGAACCCAGAGUAUUAAGAGAACCAAGAGAACCCAGAGUAUUAAGAGAACCAAGAGAACCCAGAGUAUUAAGAGAACCCAGAGUAUUAAGAGAACCAAGAGAACCCAGAGUAUUAAGAGAACCAAGAGAACCCAGAGUAUUAAGAGAAACCAGAGUAUUAAGAGAACCAAGAGAACCCAGAGUAUUAAGAGAACCAAGAGAACCCAGAGUAUUAAGAGAACCCAGAGUAUUAAGAGAACCAAGAGAACCCAGAGUAUUAAGAGAACCAAGAGAACCCAGAGUAUUAAGAGAACCAAGAGAACCCAGAGUAUUAAGAGAACCAAGAGAACCCAGAGUAUUAAGAGAACCCAGAGUAUUAAGAGAGGGGAUGCAAAAAUACAUUCAGUUGCAGUACAUAAGUGGUAA